CACAGUUUGUGCUUGGAUGGUCGACGAGCUGGUGAUUUAGAUAGGAGGAAAAAACAGAAAGAAAAAGCGAGAGAGAGAGAGCGAAAGAGAGUACGUUAAGGGGGAGAGUCGGGGCUCUUUUUGACGACAGGCGAGUGCUUGCUUGAAGAUACAAAUAAAACGUUUACAAAAAAAAGUCAAAAGGAAGUAGGAAGGGAGAGUAACAGAGGAAAAAGCAAGAGAGAAAAAGCGAUGUGGGGACAGGGCUUGGAAAAGGGAGAACGAGGGAGAGAGGGAGCUGGAGAAAGGAGGGUGGCAAUGGAGGUGGCGUAGCGUGGCGCGCGCGCAAGUUGUUUCGGUCUGAGUUCUCGUUUCUGUGCACAGCUGAUUCGACGACGUCGACGACGACGACGAUCAGCGAGAGAUAUUUCGUCACGUAAAGCAUCGUGUGCUGGUGCGGUUUUCAUUUAUUCACGUAAAAACCUUCGUUUCUUCACUUCUCCUCGUUACACGUGUGUCAUAGCAGUUUUCCUCUUCCGCUCGGAUCUUUACUCCCUUCGCGUUUUCCUUCGACGGACGUUGCAAUUGCGAGUGUGCGAACGACGAAUAUAUCAGUUUUUCCUACAGUCCUGCGGUAUUUCCACAGGAUGUAGCGACAGGAUCCGCGCUGGAGAAGACACACGAGGCUGCCCAUGACGACCCACAGUCUUCUGAGAAAGCCGGAGAGAACGCGCGAGAAAGAGAGAAAAAACGAUCGAAGUGAAAAUAGUCAGUAGAUACAGACUAUCGUGCUGGCGAAAUGCACCUACCGCAGAGAAUGUGAUGUUUUACUCGGUAUGGUUUUCGACCUUCGUUUAGUGCUUAUUUCACGUGCAAUAUUUCAGUGACACGAAAAAAAUCUCGUUUUUCAACCCCUCUUUCCGCUGGUUCGUACUGAUAUGAAAAAAAAACCUAAAAAUACGUACAUAUUUCCAUAUUCACGUGAAUCUAGUGAUCAACGUGUUUAUACUUUAAACCAACGAUGAAUAUCAAUGGAACGGACAAAAUCGUGCGAUUGAGAAACGAAUACUAGAAUUUUCCCAGUGUCAAAGUGAAAUAUUACUGAAAGAUAGAUGAUGUGCCGGACGAAAUUGAAAAAAAACAAGAGCAGCCGAUUUCGAAAAACAUGACGCGAUUAAACAAUCGCUUACAAACGCCAAGAAAAAGAGUUUGAGGACCAAUUGAGAUUGGGUAAGCGAUUAUCGAAGACGUUAAGGCGACGAAAAACAGCAAACAUGAGACGCGAAAAUGGUUAGUUAGGACGAAGAAAAGCGGAGUGCGAGCGUGAAAGAUGAAGAAGAGAACAAGAAGUUUCUAAUUGGAGAAUGAGCGGAUUUUUCAACUCCUUGAAGAGCCUCGCGUCAGGAGCCGCGAAUGCUGCCAGCUCUGCUGCGAAAUAUCAAGGGGAGGAAGGCGAAGACACGAGAAUGCGAUUUAGCCUGACCCCCCAACCUGGUGAGAGUGGCUUUACACAAUGGUUGGAUGCCAUGAAAAUGGUCGCUCGGUUGCAAGGUGGAAUACCACCGGAAUUUCGGAAAAGAUUGUGGCUGACAUUGGCAGAACGCCAUCUAGAUCAACGUGGGGUAGAUUGGAAACAAGCGGAGAAGCUCUGUUUCAACGAGUGGAGCAACCCCGACGACGAGGAGCUCGGUAUACAAAUUGUAAAGGAUCUUCACCGUACCGGAUGCAGCUUGUUCUGCGGUGCAGCCGGACGAGACAAUCAAGCAGUAUUGCGUCGUGUACUCCUCGGAUUUGCACGUUGGAACAAAUCUGUCGGUUAUUGCCAAGGGUUGAACGUGUUAGCUGCUCUCGUUCUCCAGGUUACCGACCGAGCGGAAUCUUCUGCGGUCAAAGUCAUGAUCUAUUUGAUCGAGGGCGUUUUACCGGAAGGAUAUUUUGCCGACAAUCUCCGUGGCCUCUCCAUAGACAUGGCUGUUUUUCGUGAUUUGUUAAGAAUGAGAUUGCCAAAAUUGUCGAGACACCUGGAAGCCUUACAGAGUGACGCCAAGGAUAAAGCCACAGGGAGCAGUUACGAACCUCCGUUAACUAAUGUUUUUACGAUGCAAUGGUUUCUCACCCUUUUUUGCCACUGUUUGCCACAAGAAGCUGUUCUACGUGUUUGGGAUUUGAUUUUCCUCGAAGGUGACGAGGUUCUGCUUCGAACUGCUCUUGCCAUCUGGGAAGGAAUAUCUGAUCGUAUUAUGACGGUCACGUCUGCUGAUGAGUUCUACAGUAUUAUGGGUGUUUUAACAAGAGAAAUGCUGGAAUUCACAGAUGUUAAUAAUCUCAUCAAGACUAUUGUAAAUAUGGGACCGUUGUACGGGGUUACGGAUCUCCGUGAAAAGCAUCGUUAUAACAUAACUCCGUGGGCGCGCAGAUUAAGUGACGAAGAGGACACAGACACCGAAGAAGAAGAACGAAUGGCCGUAGCAGCUGCGAUGUUCGGAGUUUCUCAACGUUUCAAAAAAGAUCGAUCAAACGCGUCGUCGAGUGCCUUGCAGACGAUAGGCCCUACAAGUGACAGAGAGAGGCUAGCAUUAGACAUAAGUACUCUCAAACAUCAAUACGCCAAAUUGCGAGAACGGCAGCGUCAAGCUCACAUAAUUCUGUCAGCUGCAUGCGCAAGGCAAUCUAUGGUACCGAGCUCGACUUCCCAAGCGAUGAACCAUCUCCUCGUUGGUAAGAGUGCUUUGGUGAGCGCAAAAACUCGUCAACUCGGUCCGCCGCCUGGUGCUAUACCACCGAAACCGAGGGUAACAGCAACUAUCCACGGAAUGAGGGCGCAAAGUGUUCGCAAAGACAAACAGGGUGUGACAUUGCAUUGGAAAGAUACGAAGAAGUCGAAGAAUGAACUGGAAGUUAGAGAUGAGACCGAAACACCGUCGAGCAUGGUGGAUUCACCCGAGACUAUGUCUUCAAGUCUGACUUCCCCAAAACGUGGCAGUGCCAAUGACAGUGACAGUGACAGCACUUCGACCGAAUUAUGCGAUGAGCCUGAUCGCUUGAGCGACGUUGACAGUGAGGAGCCAACAUCAACUUCAGACUGUUACGUAAUGGCAACUGACGACGAAAAAAGUCCACGUCCCGGCCAAUCACCUGUUAUUGGCGUCACACCCUCGUGUCAAUUUCCUGAUGAGAAUUCAAGCGAUCGACAUGAUGCAGCGUAUCUCGAGGAAGAAGGCUACCAGAAGGAUCCUGAGAAUAAUUCUAAACAAUUAUUAACGGUCGAGGGAUCCUCUUCUUCGAUUGCGAUGAUAACUGAUCAAAUAAGACGGUUAUCGGCUAGUGACGACAAUAAUUUAUCACCGGUUAGUCACGUUGAAUCCGUGGAAUUGGACAUGAAAGAACUAGAUCAAAAGGUCGGUUGUGGAAGCGAAGGUGCAGAUAUUGGGACAGACCGGACUCUCGAGAACGCAACAAGGAUUGUCAAAGACUUGACCAUGUUACCAGUUAUUCCUGAUACUAAAGAAUCUACACAAGAUGGUUUUUGUGCCAUGGAAAAGAAUUUUGAAUCCUUAGAUAGAUACAAUUUUUCAAUUAACUCUGAUAAUUCGGGAAUAUCUGAAACAUUGAUGGAUUCUGCGAUUUCAUCAGCAACUGAAUAUCACGAGGUUAUAGCGAUGCCAGUUUCUUCGGUCGCAACAAAAAAUACUGAUGGAAGUACAGAUACGAUAGUUAACUUUGGCACAGCCAAUCUGCCGUUGAAUAUUGAAACCACACGGUUAGAAAGCAGUUCGCGGGAAACUAAUGAUAUUUUCAAUUAUGAAUCGACUUCCAUUAGUCGUGCUAGUCCCGAGAAAACGAGUCUUCGGUUAACAGAUCUAGUGCUUUCUAAGUGCUCGAAAUAUGAAAAUUCAAUAUCGAUAGCGUCUCUGAAUGAUAAUCCGACCGAAAAGAAUAUCAUUGAACGGACAUUUCAUCCAAGGUCUUACGUCAUUGGCCAUUUGCCGAUAUCACCGACAACUGUCGAUGAUAAACUCAAUACAACUUGUAAAAUUCCGCCUUCGACUGAAAAAGUCAGGAUAUUGAAGCCGGAAACCGACAGUUUCCUGGCUGGUACGAGCGGUAGUUUGGAUACGAAUUCAAAAUGCAUCGCGCAGGCUAGCAUCUCGAAAGAAAAUACUGAUUCCUCAGAGUCACUGACAAAAAACAAUUGUCCGCUAGAUAAUUUAGCGGCAUCGAAACGUGAUAACGAAACCUGCACGAGUGUGAGCAAGGGUAUAACUUCUAACGAGACAUUCAGCAUGAACAAAAGAGUUCCUGAUACUUUAGAAUCUUUUUCUGCCACCUCUAAACCGAAUGACAGUCUUACCUAUUCGGAUACCAGCAGACAAAUUACACAAAGUUUGGUCAAUGAGCCUGAGGUUAAUGUCCCAAAAUUUUCUGCGAGAUCAAUGACUGGGAAAUCCGAAAGGGAGACGAGAGAUGUGUCUUCAGACUACGAUUUUGACGUGUCAAUUAACACAAUAUCUUCAGAAAAAAAUAUUUCACAGAUGAUAGAAAAGACAGUGACGGUGCCGAUGAAUGAAAUACCAAUGACAGAUACUCCGAGUCCAAUUGGAAGCGAAGUAAAAACAUCUGAGUUGAGCUCCAAUUAUGUUUACCAAGAUGCGAUGUUGACUAAAUUCUACGAAGACAAGAAAAAAAGUCCGAAAACACCGGAAAGCGGAAAAUCUUACAGUUCUGGGGAAACUAUGGGCCCGGAUUCGAGAAAUUCAAGCCUGGCUACGAGUCCCCGAAGUAUAACGACAGAUUCUCGAAAUAUAUUGAUGGACAAGUCCGCACGUUCGUCAUUCAGUUCAGAUUCAAAAACACUGACUCUUCGGUCAUUAGAGUCUGAAAGUGGCGUGCAUAAUAAAACAAAAUUGGACAUAAAGUCAGAUCUGACAAGACCAUCGUUGGAAAAUUCGAGCCCUUCGACACCCAUAAGUACGGACUCGUUGAAAAACAAGUCCGAGAUAAGUCCGAAAUUUGUAAUAAGUAGUUCCAGCGAAUCGUGCAGUCCUGGAAAAGCGAACAAGUCUUCCGAAAGAUCAUUCAGUUCGGAGCUGCAGUCACCCGUAAGUGCCAAUUCAAUAAAGUACCGAACAAAUUACGCAGAUGGGCAGGAACACUUAUCGGAAUCACCCUUGGACAUUUGUUCCGCCACGUCACCUUUCUAUCCUAUUGUAAAUCCGAAUCAGAAGACACCUUCGCCUUAUAGCACAACGGAGAAGCAGAGCACGAACGGCAACAGUGAGGAAACUUCACCGGAACAAAGAUCAACAGGUUCGAAGGAAGAAGGAAAUUCUUCAAAGUAUAAUGUGAAGAGUGUGUCGUCGGGAGUUACUCGGUGCAGUGACCUUAAUAAAAGUUCAAAGAAUAAUGACGAGUACGAUUCAGGUAGACCUUUCGAGAAAGAAUUGGCUGAAACAUUAUCUAGUCUACCGUGUGAUAAAACGAAAAGUGAGAGAAUAACGAGCAGUCACUACAGAGAAGGCUCUGAACUCGACAGUUACAGAAGUAAAGAAAUAGUAGUAGAAGAAAAAGAGGACAUGGAAGAACGUUAUAUAGAAAUGGAUACAGUAUCGCCUCUGCCACGUGACAAAUACGACGCGAAUCGUCCCGCAUUCGUCGAUAAAAGUGGUUCCUUCAAAGGUUUAGGUUUGAGCGAAUCCGAUGGUAAGUAUUCGGUGAAUACGAGGGAGAAUUUGAAACCCUUCGAGAGGAGUUGCAGCAGCCUUGAGAAGAGAUUCGGUAAGCUCAAGUGUUCGCCAUCUGUUGAGGAAUUGAUCGUUGACACGCACAAAAAACGAUCGAGUGAUAUUCUCCAAGAUAUAAAACAUUUGGAAGAAAAAACUUUGAAUGAUGGUACAGCUGAUACAAGUAUGUUGACACGAAAGACUGGAUACGGUUGGGAAGACUUGAAAAAUCUCGAAGCUCGACGUCAGGACAAUUUUAGUGAUUCGGCAAGUGAAUUUUCCCGCGGCCGCCCCGACCCAUCGCGAAUAAGUGUUUUUACGGAGCCACGUAAAUCUUAUGUGGUUGAGCCAAAGAUCGAUCUUGACGAGGGCAGUGAAAGUAUACUAAAGAAUUACGCGAGGAAGAAGAGCAACGGUGAGCCAGACGAUGAUUCAGAGUCAAAAAUAGGAGUAUGGACCAAAGUGAAACCACGCGCUGGUCGUGAUAACGGUCGGAGAAGUAGCGACCGUGCAUUAAAAAUAAUACAAGAGAACUCUGCAAUACUGCACAAAAUAUUGACUUGCCAGGCGAAAAAGCGGCUGCCUGACCUUGAGGAGAUAUCUAAAGAAAUCACUAUAAGUCCGAUAAACGAGGAAAUAUCGAAAAUAUUCAGUCCAAUAUUGGAAAAAAUGGGUCUGAAUGAGCAUGAAAUAAAUGAAGAAUUGGCGAGGAUAAAUUUCAAAGAUUUCGAUCAAAUGACUACAGCGAGCGGUUCCGUUAGCGAGUUCGAUGCUAAGAUAAAUGACGAAUUGUCAAAAUUAUCGUUGAUCGAUGACACAGAGAUCGUUGAUAAUAUGGCCGUUGAAGAUGUCAUAUCACGUGAUUACCUAGACACACGGGAGGCUUUGAUCGAUCGUCAAAUCAACGAAGAACUUUCGAAGCUUCUCGCAAAUUACGAGAAGGAUUCACCGAUUUGUGUUGUUGGUAAUCGCGAUGAAAUAUCCUCCUGUCAAAAUCCCAGUGAGAUCGAAGCUCUCGAUAUUUCGAGUAUUUCUACCAACGUCUUCUCUUAUCCGUCGUCGAACGAGUCGAUGGAAAUGAAAACGGAUCUCGAUCCGAUGCAAGACACGGGAAUUAGCGGAGAUAAAUUUUCACAGUACAGCGAGGAUCCGAUGAUGAAGUUUGGCAAACCAUCGAAAUACAGUCUCCGCAGUAUGUCAUCUAAAAGCGACAUUGAUAUUUAUCAAGAACUCGAGAAACUCGAUAAAAUAUCUUCAGGUGAAAUUUUACCAUCUUCUGCCUCGAUCAUACCUCAAAAAAUUAUAUCACCCAUGUCGUAUCCUUCCGAAUGUCCUGUUUAUCCGGAAGUGCAUCCAUCCUCCAUUGAUUAUUCUAUAAAACCAGCGGAUAAAGUUUUUGAGUCCUCGCCGAUGAAGAGCCCCUACGACACGUACAAACCUUACGAUUUUAAAUCUCGAAUUUCACCCCGUAAAACACCCAGCAAUCCUUAUUCGGCACGUUCUUAUGAUAAACCAGCGAUGGACGACCAUUUUGACUUUCAUGAGAAUCCGACCUCACCCUCGAGCCUUUACGAUCUCGGUGGUACCGCCAGUUCCCUGUUGACCAAGGAAACAUUGGAAUUCCGUGUGAGAUAUGAAGACGAAACAUCCAAAGCAAUAAGGAACGAUGAUUUUACGUUGGAACCUUAUCAUUCGUCUUUAGUGGAUUUUGAUCGUGGUGCAUCUUACUACUCGAACGAAUCUCCCGUCUCGUUGAAACGUCUCGAGGCUGAGAGGAACCUUGAACAAACUAUAGUUUCACCUCUCAAUUGUUCGUACAAACCUCCCGAUUUGUACACUCAAAAGUACGACUCCGCAUCACCGAAAAAUUAUUCGUACUUGAAAAAUCCAACAGAGUAUGAGACAUCGUAUAAAGUGGAUGAGGAAUCUGUGGAAGCUGGCUCUUAUUUGAAUCCCAGACGUAAAAAUUCUCACUCUCUCUCUCCGAGUUAUCAAUACGACGCUCGUGAUUUCAGUGCCUCGAUCAAUCAUCCCUACGGUACAGAAUUGUCUCAUAACCUCGACGAAGCCUCCAAAAGGACUUUCUUUCAUUCUGAAAUACCAGAAACGAUGAGUCAACUUGUUAAGUGCCCGGAAAACGCGACUUCAAGAGAAGCAUUGAAUUAUCGGAAAGCUUCGUUGAGUCUCGGACCUCUGGAUGGAACGUCAACUCGAAUAUCAACUUGUCUCGAAACUACACCAACUCCGAAAUCACUCUUCAGUCCAUUUCCCAUAAGAAACUCUUCGAGAAAACCGAAAGAGCUCGGCCUUAAGCUCGGGCUUUAUUCGCCAUCGAGUCCUAGCUCAAAUCCACUCAAGCGGUCAUAGAUUUUAUUCUGAUGAAGAUCGAAUGGAAAAACUAAGGAGAUAAAAAUUUUCGAACGAUCUUAUUAGCCACGGCAAAAUUGCUCUAGUCCAAAAGUACAAUUUUUCCUAUAAUUUAUUAACUACUUUUUAUUCGUGAUUGAAUCUUGAAACGCUCGAUGAUGAAGCAUGUUCAUUGACUUGAUACACUAUUUUAUUUUUUUUUCUUUCAUUUCUUUUCAAUGACGAUCAUCUGAUCGGAGUCUUUGAUUAUUAAUACUGAGCACAACGUCCGAGUAAGAUCAUCGAAAAAAAAUCGGAACGACGGCGUUUUACGUCGAUAAUUGAGGGAUAAACGAUAAUUCUAUAAUUUAUCUUGUAUCAGAUGUCUUGAGAGAAUGGGCCUAAGAAAGAAUUGUUCCAGAAAAGAGGGGGUGUGCAAAAUCCUACCGGAAAUGAGAUCCGUUCGUUAGAGACGAGGGGUAAAAGUGUUUCUACAUUAAUGGGCGAUUACAGAGACAAAUCUCGCUUGAAAGUUUCGUAGUUGUUGGAAUUUUAAUUAUAAGUAUACGGGAUUAAGGAGGGAAAAAGCUUUUUAGAGACGUGAAAUUAUAUUGGAUACCGUUCCAACUUUCAUGUUGGAUUAUUAUUGGCUUGAUGCGAAUAUUGUUUUUUCCAGGAGGAGAAAUGAGGUUUAAUAUUUGAAAUGCUGUUCCUCGAUGGUUGGAUACCAUUGCUAAUCAUAAUAAACAAUGAAGAGAGAACAAUUUAAACGGAACCUGAUUCGGUAUUAGAACGUUGAUUCACGUGAAAUCAGAUGCGGUUAUGUUAACAUCUUUUCGUGAGGUUUUUGAUAAAAGAAAAUAUGAACAUUUUUAGAACUCACGAUAAGAAUUGCUUUAUGACAGGCUCAUUCAACUACAUAACGAAGAGGAGAAAAAUAAAGUAUUUGUAUGAGAUGGCGAAUCAGGUGGAAUUUUGUGUGGCGAAUUAGAAUGAGAGUGUACGUGAUCCUUUGAGUUAUUGUGUCAAUUUUAUUGUAAUUAACUAAUUUUUUAAUUGUUGAUUUUUUAUCGAAUGUUGUGUUACCUUGAAAGUAUGUUCGUCCAAACAAUGAUAUACAUGUCAAUGUCAUUUCACUUUAAUGUAAUUACAAUGUCAAAUAAGUUGUUUGAAAAGGAGAUAAUAUUUCGUUCAAAUUAUAACACAAGAAAUCACGUGAUUGUUAUGAAAGUUUUGUAAUGCAAAAUGGACCGAGGUUCAUUGUGAUGAAAUCCUGUGUCUUGGAUUGAACGAAAAUUAAUAGUAUAAUAGAGAACAAACGUGGUGGGUCGAUCCUUUGGAAGAAAAAUAAAAGAAAAAAGACAUAAGGUAGAAAGAUGCAAUUAUUGGAACGCGCUCAUUACGAUUGCUUUUUCGCAAUCGCCUGUAAAUAUAGUUUUUGAGCACGGUGAAUUUGAGCGCCGAUGUAAGACUGUAAUGUAAUUCGAGGCGUGGAGGUAUAUUAGUGUCUUGAGACAGAGGCAGAGAGAGAUUAUAAGAUGCUAAAUAUGAUAAAUAAAUAUAUUGACACCUAA